AUGGUGAGGUAUUUUGAGAAGUUUCAUCUGAAACAGUUUAUCCCAAAAAAGCCUAUUCGUUUUGGUUACAAGGUAUGCUCCUCGAAUACACCCAGGGAGUACCUUCUGGACUUCGAAGUUUACCAGGGAAAGAGCGAGAAUGAAUACACUCAUAUCGAGAAAUUGGUAGGUAAGUCUGCUGCUCCUUUGCUGAAAAUGGUAGAAAACUUCCCAGAAGAAAUAAAAUCCUUGCCUUUCCAUUUCUACGUCAUCAAUUUGUUCACAACAUUUAAACUACUCUCACACAUGCAACAGUUGGGAUAUGGUGCAACAGGUACUUUGCGGGAAAAUAGAAUUCCAAACUCGUGUCCUCUGGCCAGCAACAAAGUUUUGAAGAAGUUUCCCCGAGGUCACACGAAGAGUAUAAUAAAUAAGCCACAUGGUGUUCUCCUCUGCAAAUGGGUGGAUAAUUCGGUAGUUGUUGCUUGUUCUAAUACACACGGCAUCAGCCCUAUAACCGAAGUUUCUCGGUAUUCAUUUACGAGCAAGACUCAGGUCCAGGUUCCACGCCCUGCAAUGCUGAGUGUGUAUAAUCAAGGAAUGGGUGGUACAGACUGGUUGGAUCAAAAUGUGAACCUAUACCGGAUCCAAAUAAGGAACAGAAAAUGGUACUGGCCGCUAGUUAUCUGGAUGCUGAAUGUAGCUCUUCAAAGUUCAUGGAUUCUGCAUCGACAUGCUGGAAACGAUAUUUCUCACCUGGACUUCAGAAGAGGAAUUGCACUGACUUACUUGAAGAAAUUCAAAACCUCUCAACCCUGA